AUGGCAAAGCGACCGAAGGAACCGAUGUCUUCUUCUUCCAAUGAAGAGGAGCAAUCAGUUGUUAAGGAAGAGGAAGUUCAACAUGAAGUCCCACCUAGGGGAAACACUCCUCCACGAUCUCCAACUCCUGAGGUACAGGUUCAUGUUCCUACUCCUCCUCCUUCUCCAAAACAAACCACUAUACCAAUCUCCAGUGCUCCCAUUCCACCACCUGUCACUUCUCAACCUACUACUGUUCCACUACCACCACCCAUCUUUUCUUCAGCUACAACAACCACAACAACUGGUCCUUCGAUGAGUGUCAACAUAUCUUAUACGGGGGAACAUACCGUUGGCAUUGACACCCCUGUUACCACUAAACCUCUCUCACCAUCACCUUUAACAAACUCUAAGCCUAUUCUGGGAGGUGAACACUUUGAUUUUGACUCCACUUAUUAUAGUGGUUAUCGCAUUCCAAGUGAAGAUGAUGAUGAUGCUUCGGUGACAAAGCUACAUUUAAAAGAUAUUCAUGGUAAGCUUGAUAAUUUGCUUGGUUCCUAA